GAAGCUCCGCAGCUUCGCCUUUCCGCCUCGCCGUGGACAGCGGGCUUCCGGUGAUGGUUUUCAUUGAGGGCGGUGGCUUCCUCGUCGGUGACAAGUACCAGCAGGGCAUCUACGAUGCGCGGAAGCUGGCCAGGAAGCAGAACAUCAUCGUCGUCAGCGUGAACUAUAGGCUGGGUGUGUUCGGCUGGUUGCAUCACCCAUACCUGAAGAACGAG